AUGGUUUCAUGCAUUCGAUCCCUAGUAUUUGUUCUUCCUCUCUUAUUUCUUCUCCACUCAUUUGCGUCCACAACAGCUUCUUCAGAUUCAAUCCUCUAUAACUUUAUCCAAUGCUUCCAAAACAUUUCCCAAUUUUCCACCACAACCUCUGCAAUCGUUUUCACACACAAGAACUCCUCUUUCUCGUCCACGUUAGUCUCACGAAUCGACAACCGCAGAUAUUCAAUCCGUGAAACCCCCAAACCUUUAGCCAUUAUAGAAGCCACAAUCAUACCCCACGUCCGAACGACAAUCCUCUGCGCGAAACGACAUGACCUGCAAAUAAGAAUCCGCAGCGGAGGCCAUGACUUCGAGGGCAUCGCUUCGGUCUCCGGCGUCCCGUUCGUCAUCCUCGACAUGCUCAACUUCCGCAACAUCGAGAUCAAAAUGUCCGACGAGACGGCAUGGGUUGAGGCCGGCGCGAGCCUUGGCGAGCUCUACUACAAGAUCGCCAAUACCAGCAAAGUUCACGGGUUCGCAGCCUCGGUCUGCCCCGGGGUAUGCACCGGUGGGCACAUCAGCGGCGGAGGGUACGGAAAUAUGAUGAGAAAGUUUGGACUAUCAAGUGAUAAUGUCUUGGACGCUAAAAUAAUGGACGUGAAUGGUAGAAUACUCGACAGAAAAGGCAUGGGAGAAGACGUGUUUUGGGCUAUUAGAGGAGGCGGCGGAGGAAGCUUUGGCGUUAUUCUUUCAUGGAAAAUAAGGCUCAAUAGAGUAGCCGAAAAAGUGACGGUUUUCAACGUUGAAAGGAACGAAAAAGAAGUUGGUUUAGAGGCUAUGUAUCGUUGGCAAUAUGUUGCUCCAAAUCUUCCUAAUGAGGUUUUCAUUAGGGCAAUGGCUGGGGUGAUUAAUGGUAGUGAAGAGGGGACUAAAACAGUGGGGGUCUCUUUUAUUGGCAUGUUUUUGGGACCGAAAAAAGAGCUUGUUUCCUUGUUGGAAAAUCGUUUUCCUGAAUUGGGUUUGAAAGAAAAGGAAUGCUUUGAAAUGAGUUGGGUGGAUUCCACUGUCUUCUGGAGCAAUUACCCAGUUGGGACUUCAUUAGACGUUUUGUUGAAAAGGCUUAAUGGGGCCACUCAGUUUUACAAGAUCAAGUCGGAUUACGUGAAGGAACCUAUUCCAAAGAAGGAUUUGGAAUCCAUUUGGGAAAUGAUGUUGAAGAUUGGUCAGGUUUGGAUGAAAUGGAAUCCUUAUGGAGGAAGAAUGAGCGAGAUUUCGGAAUUGGAAACUCCUUUCCCCCAUAGGGCAGGGAAUUUGUUUUUGAUUCAGUACUAUGUUUAUUGGUUUAAAGAAGGUAAAGACAUUGCAAAUGAGUACUUGGAUCUUGCAAGAGAGUUGUACGAGAAGAUGACCCCUUUUGUUUCGGAGAAUCCUAGAGAGGCCUUCCUCAACUAUAGGGACUUCGAUAUUGGUGAAAAUCCAGAGAAUAAGACGGACUAUGAAACCGCGAGAGUUUAUGGGAAAAAGUUCUUCAAGGAUAAUUUUGAUAGACUGGUGAAGGCGAAAACCAUCAUCGACCCUGAUAAUUUCUUCAAGAAUAAACAAAGCAUUCCACCACUUCCAAGACGGAAAUGAAGAAUGAUGGAAUCAUGGACAUGAUA